CUUAACGCGAAACUAGUGUAUGUGACAUUUUUAACAAAAAUCACUUUUUUCUAUAAUCAUGUUUAGAAAUAACAUAUCUGUCCCCUGUAUAAGUAUUUUCUAUGAUUUCCAACAUUAAAUUAGAUAAUCUCAUAUUAUGACAAAUGAUGUAAGUGAAAAUGCUCCAUUUUUUUAAAUGUGAAACUAGACUAAGUGACACGGGCACUUACAUCAGUUUCACAUUCAAAUUUUUCCCCUAUCCAUUUAUAAGCAAAAGGUUUAAGUGAUGAAAGUAUGCAAAAAUGUUUUAAAUUAUUUAAUAUUAAAAAGAAUAUGACACAAUAUUAGUGAUUGUAAGCAAGAUAGACAACAUUUCAUUGAAAAAAUAUGAAGGUUAUAAAGCAUAUGUCACUUACACUGUUUUCAUAUUCACAAUUCAAGUUUUCAAAGAGGUUUAAAUAUAAAUUUAGUGUAAGUGUACUCACCACUUUACAUGUGAUUACAUCAUGAGUGAUGUCAUCAAUUUUAUAAAACUUUAUGUUUUACAGUCACAAUGUAUGAAGAUGAGUAAAUAAAUAAAUACAUUUAUUUAUUUCUUAUUUUAAUCGGUAUUUAUGUUAAUCAUGCCCAAAAACAACAACUUAUUUUGAUGUCAAAGAAGAUUUACAGAUUCAUAAAAGAAUGUUAUCUAUACAAGCAACAAGACAUCAGGGUGAUGGAAUCUUCAAGAGUGCAGGAAAACAAUGUAAGGCAAAUAGUCUUGCUUCCAUGGUUUUUGCAACUGAAAAGUCACCUGCGAUUUGGAAAACAAGUGACCUUGACAAAAUCCUAAAUGAUGGGGAUGACUUAUAUCAAUCCCUAUGUGUAGACAAGUAUCUUCUUGUUAGCGAACUUCCAAAACAGACGUCUCAUUUUCAGAUGAAAAUGUUGAAUGCUUUUAGUGGAACUAUAAAUAGGGAAACAACAGAGGAACCAUUUUUCAAUUUGUUCGACUCUUUAAAAGUUAUCAAUGACUUUUGCUUUUUAACAGUUGCCUGUUACACUAUGGCUGUUAUAAAAACAAAUGACAAAUUUUAUUUGUUCGAUCCACACAGCAGAAAUGAAUGUGGGAUGCCUUGUUCCGAAGGGAUGGCUGUUUUGACUGGACACUCCUCUCUGGAAAACUUAAUAUGUUUUAUUCGACACCUGUCAUCAGUUCUUCUCUCAUGCACUGAAGUUUGUUUUGAAAUUAAUCAUGUUACAAUACUUAAAGGUAAAGAGUCUGACUGCUUUUCAGAUUCUUCAGAUUCUUCUAGUGAUUUUUCAGGUUUUACAACAAUGAGUGAAGGUGAAUAUGCCUGUAAUCUUUAUUUGAUAGAAGAAAUGAAAAGUCAACUUUUAUCUGAAUCAGAAUUAUCUGAUUCAGAUGACACAGACAAGUCUGAUUCUGAAUAUUCUAGUUUUAGUGAUACUGAAAAAGAUGAUUUAAAUACUGAGCUAGUUAAUAAUACGGUUGAAGGUUCUAAGUUAUAUGAUGACAUAGCCUGUGGGAGUAUAAAGGGUGGUGGUCAUGAUGAUAGAGUUGAGGUAGACACAGUUCUAGGAGAAAAUAUGGUUGAGAGAUGCGAGUCAGAUGGUGAAUUAUUUAGUAAGAGUGUUAAGGGUGGUAGUGAUCUUGAUAGAAUAGAGUUUGAUACAAUGAUGGGAGAGGAUAUAGUAGAGAGUUGUAGGUCAGAUGGUGAAUUAGUUAUUGAGAAUAUAAAUGGUAGUGGUGAUGCUGAUAGAGUUGAGGUAGAUACAGUGCUAGAUGAGGAUAUGGUAGAAAGUUGUAGGUCCAAUGGUGAAUUAGUUAUUGAGAAUUUAAAUGGUAGUGGUGAUGCUGAUAGAGUUGAGGUAGAUACAGUGCUAGAUGAGGAUAUGGUAGAAAGUUGUAGGUCCGAUGGUGAAUUAGUUAUUGAGAAUGUAAAUGGUAGUGGUGAUGCUGAUAGAGUUGAGGUAGAUACAGUGCUAGAUGAGGAUAUGGUAGAAAGUUGUAGGUCAGAUGGUGAAUUAGUUAUUGAGAAUGUAAAUGGUAGUGGUGAUGCUGAUAGAGUUGAGGUAGAUAAAGUGCUAGAUGAGGAUAUGGUAGAAAGUUGUAGGUCCGAUGGUGAAUUAGUUAUUGAGAAUGUAAAUGGUAGUGGUGAUGCUGAUAGAGUUGAGGUAGAUACAGUGCUAGAUGAGGAUAUGGUAGAAAGUUGUAGGUCAGAUGGUGAAUUAGUUAUUGAGAAUGUAAAUGGUAGUGGUGAUGCUAAUGGAGUUGAGUUAGAUACUGUGAUUGAUGAAACUUUGGUUAAUCUUAAUAACUCUUCUGAAUUUCUUCAAUCCAUUAAUAUCGAUACUUUUGAUGACCAAAGUAGUAGUGACACUAUAGAUUAUGAAAUAGAUCAGACCAAUUUUAGUGAUAUAGAAGAAAGCAUGCCUUUAAGCUUUGUUUCAAAGAAAUAUCGUAGGGUUCUUAGGGGUAGUAAACAUAAAAGAAUUUCUGUCACAACAUCUACACCUAGGACAGUUCACAGAAUAGAAAGUGCUAAUAACAUAGGUCAGGCAAGUAGUUGUGAAUAUGUCAAACAAAAGGAAAGGGGAAGAAAGCGUCUAAGGGAUGAAUCCAAUUGGAAAGUAAACAAAACAAAAAAAAGACGUAAUGAAGGGCUAAGCUAUGUAAAUAGAUAUGGUAAAUUAUUUAGAAAAAGAAUGUUAAAGCCAGCAUGUGGUGUAAGUUGUAGGUUUAGAUGUUCAAAGCAACUGAGUGAAGAGGAUAGAAAGAAUUUGCUGCACUCCUACUGGCAGUUGGGGUGUGUUACUAGACAAAGGCAGUUUAUUAUAAGUAAUACUAAUAAAUGUGAGAAAAGUAGGGGGAAGAAAAAACUGACUUCACGCAGGAAAUUUUCCUACAAAUAUUUUUUUCCAAAUUCAGAUUCAAAUUCCCCUGUCCGUGUAUGCAAACAAUUUUUUUUGAAUACACUUGAUAUUGGCCAGUCUGUUGUAAUGACUGCUCAUUCCAAAAUACAGAUACAGGGGGUUGUAGAGAAAGAUUUUAGAGGGAGGUCUGAUGGCAGCAGAAUUAACUCAGUACCAGACACAAAACUUAAUAUUGUCCGGGACCAUAUAAAAUCUUUUAAAACAGUUGAUUCACAUUAUUGUCGUAAAAAUAGUCAACGCCAAUACAUUGAUUCUUCUUUAAGUCUUAAAAAGAUGUAUGAUCUAUACAGUGAUUAUUGUCACAGUCAUAAUUUUGAAACUGUCCCUGUUCAUAUUUAUCGCAAAAUAUUUAAUACUGAGUUCAACAUCAGUUUUCAUAAACCUGUAAAUGAUCAAUGUGAUCUUUGCAAUUCAUUUUCAAAUGCAAUUGGAGAAACAAAAUUGCAGAUGGAAGCGAAUUACAAAGAUCAUAUUAGAAACAGCAAGCUUGCUCAAGAAAGUAAAGUUUAUGACAAAAAUAGGGCAAUAUCAGAAAGGGAAAUAACUGUAGCAUGUUUUGACCUAGAACAGGUGUUACAAACUCCUCAUGGAAAAUCGUCUGCCUUUUUUUUCAAAAGGCGACUCAGUACUUAUAACUUUUCUAUAUACAACCUGGGUAAUAAAGAUGGACAUUGUUUCAUAUGGGAUGAAACCACAGCUGGUAGAGGUUCAUGUGAAAUAGCCUCAUGUGUCUUUAAAUUUAUACAAGAAAGAGCUAAUCAAGGCUGCAAAAGAUUCAUUUUUUAUUCAGAUAACUGCUCUGCUCAAAACAAAAAUAGGUAUUACAUUACAAUGCUAUGGUAUUGUCUACAAAAAUUUAAUCUUGAAGCUAUAGAACAUAAAUAUCUGGAAAAAGGUCAUACCUUUAAUGAAAAUGAUAGUAUUCAUGCUGCAGUUGAAAAUAUUACCAGACACUUAAACCUUUACACAACUAGUCAGUGGGCAGGUAUUAUACAAACAGCUAGACGCAGGCAUCCAUACAAAGUUCAUGAGAUGUCCUUGCAUGAUUUUUUUGAUUUUAAACUUUUAUCCAAGUGUUUGAAAAAUUUUGACUUAAAUGAAGAAAGGCAAAAGGUAUUCAUAAGUCAAGUAAGAGUACUUAAAGUUGAGUCUAAUGAACCAAAUAAAUAUAAGUUUAAAUACGAUUAUGACAGUCCUGUCUUUGAAGUCGUAAGUCUAGUGUCACGUAUUAGACGCCAUAUUGCCAGUGUACCUGACCCUAAAGACUUGAGGCUGGCUAAAUUAAGAAAUGACUAUAUAAAGAUAAGUGCUGAUAAAUAUAAUGACCUUAUUACUCUGUGCCUUGAUAACAUCAUUCCUAAAGCAAACCAUUUUUUCUAUGCUUUUCUGCCACAUGAAACUAGUGUUGAACAGCCACAAAAAUAAUGUGGCUUAAAAAUGAUGCAAGAGUCCUUGAAAAAAUCCUUGUAUAAGAAACUUAUCAAGAUAAGUGAUUUUUUUAUAAAGAUUGUUUAUUUAAUAUCAAUGUGAUGCUUACCCAUUAUGCAUUUAUGAUAGAAAUUUUGAGUGGUAACCACACUUUAAGCUAGUUCAUUUGGGGUCAAUGUUCAGUUCAAGUUUAUAUUAAAUUGUGCUACUUAUUAUAGCAUUAGAUUACAUGUAUAUGCCAUAAGUUAUAAAAAUGUUGUUAAUUAUUGCAUAGUUGUGUGUAUUAUAGUCAUUCUAAAGUAAAUCUCUAUUAUAUUUCAUGUAUAUUUUGCAUCUGCUAAAAGCAGCUAUAUCUUGUGCAAAGUAGAUUUGAAGUUAAGUUUUGUUUGUUAAAUUAUAUAUACUGAAUAUUGUAAUAUUUGUUGAUGUUGAAUUGGUGAUGUUACUUCUGAAUACUGUAUUAACCUCUUAAUAAGGAGUAGCUUUGGAACACUUCAAUCAUACUGGCAGUUUUUGUCCUUGAUGUAAUUACAAUAAACUUGAUGAAAAUACACUUAAACUUAAAAUACUGAUUUGUUCUUCAUAAGUUUCUUCUAUCUUGUGCAUAACAUAAUAGAUAGUUAUUGGAAAUGUAUUAAAUCAAAAUUAUUGGAUUUUAAUGUAUAAUGUUAAUUUCUGGUAAGUGGCAAUUCAUACUAGAGGAGUUCUAUUUCAUGAUUGUAGUAUAAUUAUUAUUAAGUGACUAUUGUUAUAAUGUUACUGAGCUUUAUGUGUUCCCUGUUUUUGUAUGGUUAUGAAAAUGCUUGAACAAUAACAAAGUCCAUGUGGCAUUUCAAGCUGUAAUAUAUUAUUUUUGCAUUAUAAUUGUGUGGUUAAGGUAUAUAUGAUUUACCUACAUGUUAUUCGGCAUACAUAUGCAUGUAUAUUACAUUUUCUACAAUGCUAAACUGUAAUUUAUUAGAAUUGUAUCACCUGGGCAAUUGCAAAUAAUGUGCCAAUUUGGCAAAUUAGAAUUUAUCAUAUGCACAAAAAGUUUUGUAUCAAUUGUGCCACAAAUCAUAAAGGUCAAAUAUCAAUUGCACCACUGUAAUUGCAAUUGGUAAAAUGAAAAUAGCACAGUGCAAAAUUUUACUAUUUCGGUGCAGAUCAAUGGUAUGUGACAGCAGUGCAUUUAAAAUGCCAUUUGGCACAAAUGAUAUCACCUGUUAUUAAAUACUUUACAGUAAAUUAGCAUUGUAAAUAGUAACAUAAUAUUGACUUUUAUGUGUGAAAUUUUUAUGAUAAGUUAAUUAAGCAAACAAAUGUAUCUGUAAUGAUGAAUUUCUCAGAUUACCUGAGUGAGGCGACCAGGUAUUCUUCAUAAAAAAGUAGUGAAUACAUUAUAAAUCAUCAUGUCCAGAUGCAUUUAUUUGCUUUUGUUUUUUACAUUGGUGAAUGAAAGUAUUGUAUGAUUUACUUAAAGAUAAAUUGCAUACUUAAUUAGCCAAAAUUAUCAAUUCUAGUUAAAGUUUAAUUGAAAUAAAACAUUUAAAAUAACAUUGUUUUUCAUUCUUUCCAAUGUUUGCAAAAUCCCAUAAGAACAUGACUUACAGAAAAAUGCUUUAGUAUGUUUUUAAGUAUCUAUGAAGACCUGGAAUUGGCUUGACACUGUUUAAGGCCUUUUUA